AUGUCAUAUCCAGGAAGUGGCGAACAUGUGCUACUAACGGGCGCAAACGGAUUCGUGGCCUCCCACAUCCUGGCUAUCUUGCUUGAGCGUGGAUACGCCGUGACCGCCACCGUGCGCUCCCAGAAAAAGGCGGACGAUAUUCUCAAAACCCACCCGUCGUGGAAAGGCAAGAUCGACUUUGUAAUUGUGUCGGAUUUCACCUCCCAGGGGCCAUUCAAUGCGCUGUUCGAGGACAUAAAGGUCCCUUUUAAUUAUAUUAUCCAUACUGCGUCUCCGCUGAACUUCAAUGUCAAGGAUAUUCAGAAGGAGAUGAUCGAGCCUGCCGUGAUGGGAACGACGCAAAUUCUCGAGAGUGCCCACCGCCACGGAGGAACAGCACUCAAACGGUUCGUCCUGCUAGGGAGUGCAGUAUCUGUCCUCAACUCCUUCGAGGACAUGAGUCGCGAAGGACGCCCUUACACUGAACAGGACUGGAACCCGGUCACCGCGACACAAGCCAUCGAGCGACAGGACACCGUCCUAGGCUACAACGUUUCCAAGACGCAAGCUGAAGACGCAGCGUGGAAGUUCAUGAAGACGAACAAGCCCGCCUUCGACCUGGCCGUGAUCAAUCCAGACAUCAUCACGGGUCCUAUGAUUCACCCAAUCUCCGGUCCCGGCUCCAUUAACGAGACUAAUCAUUUCGCGAUCGCUAGCUUCAUCGACGGUACCAACCCGAAAGUCGAGGAUGUGCGAUUUCCGUUCUAUCAUUUCGUCGAUGUUCGCGACGUCGCGCGAAGCCAUGUUGAUGCCUUGACCAACCCUGCUGCUGGGGGCAAGCGGAUCUUGCUCAUCUCUGGCUUAAUCACGCCGCAGUUGGUCGUUAACAUUAUUCGAAAGCAUUUCCUGGCACUGAAGGAAAGGGUCCCGGAGGGUAAGCCCGAGCAGGUUCUACCGGAUGGUGUGCAUCCGACGGGUUGGGAUAUGCGGGUUAGCUUGGAUGUCUUGUCGAAGGGAACAAGCGAGGGCCGGUGGGAGUAUAUUGACUUGGAGAAAAGCGUGACGGAUGCGGUGCAGACGCCGAUAGCCCAGCACCUGACGUCACAGGAUCAGGCCCAGACCCUACUCCGCAUCUCAGCAGCAAUCCAACUUCCAACAACGCACAUCAGCUUUGUCAAAAUGGACUCGAAAGUAUCAAGACUACCCCUUUUUGGGGGCCCCAGAGCAUGGCACGCCUCCGACUGGACCUCGACUGACGAUCGCGUGCGUGGCGGAUCGUCGCACUCGCACAUGAGCUGCUCCCCCUCUUCUCUGGUGGCCCGAUUCCACGGAAACCUCGACAUCACCACGCUCGGCGGAGCGGGGUUCGCAUCGCAGCGGACGACAGACGAAGAUAGAAGCUGGGAUCUCUCUGGCUACGACGGGUUGGAAGUGCAUAUUGCCGGCGGGGAUGAUAAAUUGUAUACCAUCACGCUGAAGGAUGAGACUGCGCCGAAGCGUCCGGAUGGAAGACAGGAGAGUACCCUGAGCUGGGAAUUUGAUUUCCAUGCGCGUGAUGAGAAAAGGAUUUUCAUUAAAUGGGCUGAUUUUAAGCCUACGUAUCGCGGGAAGGAGCAGGAGGAUGUCAAGCCGCUGGAUUUGACUGCGGUGAAGCAGAUCAGUUUCAUGAUACGCAGUUUCUUCGGGGUGCAGGAAGGAGACUUUAGCUUGGAGGUUGUCUCGAUCGCCGCCGUUCGAUACAAGUAUUACCGUGAUGAUCCGGAGGAGGAGGAAGAGGAAUAUGUGAUGGUGGAUGAAAAGCUGGGAGCUGUUUCGGAUACUCCAAAGUCGAGAGGCUGGCUUAGUUGGAUUGGGCAGUGUUGUGGCUUGAGCUAA